UGCAUUCAGCAGAUCCUGGAGGCUGUGCUACACUGCCAUCAGAUGGGCGUGGUCCAUCGCGACCUCAAGCCUGAGAACUUACUUUUAGCUAGCAAAUCCAAGGGAGCGGCAGUAAAACUGGCGGACUUUGGAUUGGCUAUAGAAGUCCAAGGAGAACAACAGGCUUGGUUUGGCUUUGCUGGUACUCCAGGAUACCUUUCUCCAGAAGUGUUACGAAAAGAUCCUUAUGGAAAGCCUGUGGAUAUGUGGGCAUGUGGUGUCAUUCUGUAUAUCCUCCUGGUGGGAUAUCCUCCUUUCUGGGAUGAAGACCAGCACAGGCUUUACCAGCAGAUCAAGGCUGGUGCUUACGAUUUUCCCUCACCAGAAUGGGAUACAGUGACUCCUGAAGCAAAAGACCUUAUCAAUAAAAUGCUUACAAUCAACCCAGCAAAACGUAUCACAGCAUCAGAAGCACUAAAGCAUCCAUGGAUCUGUCAACGUUCUACUGUUGCCUCUAUGAUGCACAGACAAGAAACUGUAGAUUGCUUGAAGAAAUUCAAUGCAAGAAGAAAACUAAAGGGGGCCAUUUUGACAACUAUGCUGGCUACCAGAAAUUUCUCAGCAGCCAAGAGUUUACUGAAAAAGCCGGAUGGAGUUAAGAAGCCAAAAAUAAACAACAAAACGAACGUGGUAACCAGCCCCAAGGAAAAUAUUCCUACCCCGGCGCUGGAGCCCCAAACUACAGUAAUCCACAACCCUGAUGGAAAUAAGGAAUCAACAGAGAGUUCCAAUACAACCAUUGAAGAUGAGGAUGUGAAAGCUCGUAAGCAGGAGAUUAUCAAGGUUACUGAGCAGUUGAUUGAAGCUAUCAACAACGGUGACUUUGAAGCUUACACAAAAAUCUGUGAUCCAGGCCUUACAUCUUUUGAACCUGAAGCUUUGGGUAAUCUAGUAGAAGGGAUGGACUUUCACCGGUUUUACUUUGAAAAUGCUUUAUCCAAAAGUAAUAAGCCAAUCCACACGAUUAUCCUCAAUCCUCAUGUCCACCUUGUGGGUGACGAUGCUGCUUGCAUUGCGUAUAUACGGCUCACACAGUACAUGGAUGGAAGUGGGAUGCCAAAGACUAUGCAGUCAGAAGAAACGCGGGUCUGGCACCGUCGCGAUGGGAAAUGGCAGAAUGUUCACUUCCACCGUUCAGGGUCACCAACAGUACCUAUCAAUGCCUAGCACAGCGGGAUCCCAGUCAUGACUUCGGCCUCUAGAUGCUACGCUAAAAAUAUCAGCGGUGCCACUCUUGCAUUUUCUGUACCCAACGCACCUGGUUGAUUACCAUCUUGGCCAUCCCGUUCUCUUCAUGCAUGUUUCUGAGUGCAUGAAGUUGUGAAGGUUCUUCAUGUAACACAUUUGUGAUGCACCAUGUUGCUGUAUACUCCAUCUGUACACUGUUAACAUUUCAACAAAGGUGAUGUUCCAUGCAAAUAGAGAAUAACAAGGCAUAAAAGACAAAAUAAAUAUUUGAUAGCAGUAGAUACAGAAUACAUUUGUCACUUUCUCCAUUUAUGCCAAGUUUUGACAGAUAACUUUAAAAACUUCUGUUUAU